AUGAAGACCGCGUCCUCGAGCAGUUCGGUCUCGGCCGAGGCUGCCGAGUUGCCCCUGGGCUUGAGCUGGUCCGGAUUCAAAGCCGCACGUCGCCGCCUUAAUGGGAGCUUCGAGAAAGGAGAUGCUGCUGGGUCGGCCCACACGUUGGUGGGGCCGGCGCCAAUCAAGUACAGCCGGUGGCUGUCCCAGGCCGUGGGCGGAUCGGUGUGGCUCAAGCUCGAGUGUCUGCACGAGGGUGGCAGUUUCAAGCUACGCGGCGCCACCCACGCGCUCCUGGCCCACCGCGACCGGCACCACGGCCGACUGCCCUUGCGGGUCUACACCGCCAGCGGCGGCAACCACGGCCUCGGCGUGGCCAUCGCCGCACAGCGACUCGGCGUCCCCUGCACCAUCGUCCUGCCCACCAACACCCCACAGCACCGAUGCAAGGUCAUUGCAAGCUACGGCGCAGAGGUGAAGCUGAUCGGCGAUGUGUGGGACAGUGCCAACGCGGAGGCCGUCCGCAUGGCCAGCGAGGCCAAGGAUGCCCUCUACAUCCAUCCGUUCGCCGAGACCGACGUCAUUCUCGGCCAGGGCACGAUUGCCAUGGAACUCCUGGAGCAGAUGAACGUCGACAACGUUGUCGCGUCGGUUGGCGGCGGAGGCCUGAUGUCCGGCAUCGCGUCCUGCUACCGCGUCAAAGGCGACACCCAAACUAAGUUCUACGCCGUGGAGACCGAAGGUGCGGACUGGUUCUACCAAUCGAGCGAGGCGGGCCAGCUGGUGACCCUCCCGACCAUCACCAGCAUCGCCAAGACGCUGGGCGCCAAGUCGAGCACGCCCGAGGUCUACCAGAUCCUGAGCCGAAACGUCGAGCGCGCGCUGCGGGUGUCGGACAAGGAGGCGGUCGAGGCCCUCGUAUCCUUUCUCGACCGCGAGAAGCUGCUGGUCGAGCCCGCCGCGGCGUGCGUGGUGGCCGCCGUGCUCAAGAACCCGGACCUCUUCGCCGGCAAAUCGACCGUGCUCAUCGUGUGCGGUAGCAACACUACCCUCGACGAAGUCAGCCUGUGGCGACAACAGUUCAACAUCGCGGCGGAUCCAACAACGAAGACAACACCCUAA